CACGGGCAGUAGAGUGAUCUGCGUACAACUACAAACUUAUACUCACCUUCCCGUCCUGAAGAGAUAGAGAACAAAAAUAAACGAGCUAUUUCUCUAUCAGAACAAUAAAAAGAAAAUGUCGCACGGCAAAAACGAAUCGUCAACUCGCUUUCGCGGACGACUACUGGUUGUUUGUUGCGCGUGGAGGCUCUUACGGCUGUUUGUUUCUGCUACUGGUGCCACAGCACCGCUUGUUGAUGACCGAGCGGCUUCAGCUUCGGGCAACAAGUACUACAUCGAGGAGUCACGACUUGUACAUACGCCCGGUGGUCGUACCCGAAAUCUGCUUGAGGUGUUGGAGAACUGCCCAGAUCGACGAGUUUCUGCUCCUGAGGUCGUCGUGAAAGAUGUUGCGACUCUGAAAGAUGGAGAAGGUGGAGGCGCGGACGGCGAUCCUCAUCGCAUGAGAGGAGAUGCCGAACCACAAAAAAAGAAACCCCAGCCUGGCCACGACACGCGCCCUGAUAAUCACAAUAUUCACUUGAUGUUCGAAGAGCGAGAAGAGGAAGACUCAGACUCUCCGAAUAAUUUUUCCACGCCACCACCACAGAAGGUAAUCCACGGCGCCAUGAGGAAGCUGAUGAGGUCCCUAGACUGGGCGCGGGCGGAUUCUGUUUCUGCUCCUGAAACAACGGGAGAAGUAGGUAGUUCUGACAGAACGUCACACGAAGAGCGCCAAAUCCUCCUGAAUCGUGAAGUUCUGCUGAAACACUUCGUGAUGGGAAAUCCUUCAGGCGGUGAAGGUGGUGGUGGUCUAACCUCUUCCGCUGCCGUUGACACCAGGACAUCACUGCCGGAAGACCAUGAAGAUCAUGCGGCCGUCCGCGAGUUGUCCGCUCUCGAAAAAGCCGUGGAAUUCAUUAUCGAAACAAACCUGCCGCAAGUCUGUUCCCCUCCCUGCACCAGCUCGGCGCACCUGGCUGACUGGAGUGCGGUGUUGCAAGUUUUUGACGACCACUGUCCGACAAAUGCACGGAGGAAUCUGGACCGGUAUGUGCUGCCGUUUUACGGGUUUUAUGAGGGAACAAAGAGCAUCAAGACGAGCCCUACUGAACAAGAGCAUCUUCACGACGGGGGGGAAAAGAAGUGUGGAGCUGGUGGGGAAGGUUCGCAAGGAGUUGUUCCAGAUGAGAACACGACGACAAAUUGUGUUGAUCUAGAGGACGACGAAAGGGAAGAACCAGGACGAGUUCUAUCAACAAGAAGCCCCAAUACUAAAAGCUCUUUCUGCCUCCGCGGACUCAUCGACGCCUUGCUGAUGGACUCGAUUUUGAAAUGGCAAACGUCCUUCCAGUUCGCGUUUCGCUCAUUGUACUUGGCGUUUUUACUCCACGGGUACGCCAAUGUGUUCACGGUGGCGGUGGAUCAUGUUUUUAACAUGAAAACUCUGGGACGACGACGACGAGAACAAAAAACGAAGUCCCGCAUUCAUUUCUCCGACAUCAUCCGCAACCUCAAUAGCCCCGCGGCGGAUGGCUUCGUGCUGUAUCACAACCCAGGUGGAACCAGAACCAGCGCCGGGGGCCAAUCAGCUGGAACUACAUCGAUAGGAAUCGGAAACGCGUUCGCGUCCUCUGGGAUGGAGAGUUCCAACAACUUGUGAUGCUAAAAAUCCCUGGAGGAGCGAGACAAAAAAUUCUAUUGCCUGAUUGCCAAACCGCAAUGCCCACUUGUUCCUACACAAGUAGCGAGUUUUCUUUCAUGCAGGCAGAACCUGUAAUUGUAGUAAAUGAAAAUGAAUGCUUGGCGUGCGUUUCAGACCAUCUGAUUUAUCUGCUCCUGCAGAUCAUGCAUGCUGAAGAAAAAGUGUGCUCUACAACUUCCAGACCCAACAGACGUAGUUGCAUUUGAUAAUCAACCUUGCCGGAAGAAAAUGCGGGAAAAAAAUCGGAUUCCUCACUACGCCUGUUCUUGUCGCCGGAAGGGGGGCACCAACAUGCAAGCGCAUUGGAGUACUACUGGCGGCGGUUAGUCAGUCAGCUUGGCCUAGCUGACGGGGGGGACGAUGAUCUCCGGCUCCUGCUUCCGGAAGUAGAUUUUGAUGAACACGAAGUUCUUGCAAAGAAUGAUAUCAUCAUCUCCACGAGCAACAUGGCUCCACCCUUUGACCUCCCGAUGUACGCGCGGGGGCUCCUGCUCGUGGGCUCGUCGAAUAACUUCUUUUCUGCACCACAUGGUAGUACAGGUAGUACUUCAUCUGCUGCUUCUGCCAAACAAGGCAGCGACGUCCUCUCCGCCUUUUUCCACCGACGUGAACAAGAAUUCUCGGCGCGGCUUUUCGAUGAAAAAGCUGCAACAGCGGCUCGUUCUACUUCUGCGACGCACGUCAUCGAAAUUUUUCAAAUCGACACCCACACGGCUUGCGCCGGGGAGUUCAAGCGGAUGCUGUCCGAGUUUGAAGAUGAAGAGUUCAGUAGUGCACCAGUUCUGCACGAGGACCAGCAUGACAAGAAACGCACCCCGUUACCUGCUGGAAGUAGUACAACCCCCACCACCACACAUCAACAUGUUGAGAAAAAGAUCCGAUUCCGCUGGCACGGAUACUCCCUGGCUAAAAACAUCUGUCACAACUUCGGUUUGUGCAACGGCAAGGCAGAAAUCCGAGACCAGUUUCGGGAAAUUUUCGAGGCCAUAUGAACUGCAAAAGUAUCGUACUCGUAUAAAUGCAUUACAAAUUUCCUCAGCAUGAGAAAGAAAAUAUGCGGAUUUGACUUAGCAAAAGGAUUUGUAAUGCAUGACUGCAAUUAUACCUGUACGAUCCGUUUGCACAGGAUAGGCCAACCGGCGAAACGAACUGGAUUUUUUGGCGGCAAAGAAAAUGGUGAUAGAACUUUUCCACGAGAAGAUCGUGGAAGAUGGAACAACGGAAACAAGACGCCAAAUUGAUUUCGUUCUCUGCACCCAGCCAAUUUCCUUCUGCAGGUUCUUUUUGGAUCUUGAGGGAAAAAAUACCAAAGUAGUGCACAACCAGUACCAGCUGGAUGAAAGGGAAAAUUUCAAAACCGGCGAGGACCUCCACGUCGAGGCUGCGGCGCUAGCGGCAAAUGGAGGUGUCGGCCGCGGGAAAAACAUGUGGACACCAACCGGACGAACUACACGAAUCAUGAUUUACAUCGGCUUGCCGCUGAUGUGGAUGCUGCCAACGGAGCCGAGCUGUAUUUUUCAGAUCGAAACUGGUGCAACUGAGAGCGUUCCUACUAGCGAACCCGAAAUGGGACAAGGCGUCGAAACUCAGCCACUGACGGGCAAAGAUGCGUGGGGCGCCGCGUUUCGGAGACUCCUGCUGGUGCCUGAGGCACCAGCUGCACGACGAGAAGAUGCUGGUGGUCCGGACGAGAGCACGUCAAAAAUCACUCGAUCCAGCCUAUGAACUGCAAAAGUAUCGUACUCGUAUAAAUGCAUGACAAAUUUCCUCAGCAUGAGAAAUAAAAUUUGUAAUGCGGAUUGACCUUAAGAAAAGGAUUUGUAAUGCAUGAUAGCAAUACGAGUACGAUACUUUUGCACAGGAUACAGCCUUGUCUUCGCCAAUUCUCUGUUUGCACAGGAAAUAUCAAAUGUAAAAAUGUCUGGGUCUGGAAGGUUGCAACUUGUCAUGCUAAAUCUGAAGCAUGCAAAAAUCUGUGCUGCGUGAUUACCAAAAGUCGUCCAGUUUUCACCAAGUCGGAAGGGAGUUUCUCCUCCGGGAUAGGCAUGAGAGAGAUCGCACAGAAUCUGUCAUGCUAGGUCCUGCAUUCCAAACCUCAUGGGUCAUGGAAAAGCAGCAUGGCAAGUCGCGCAUUCUUCCAGACCCAGAUAUUUUUGCAUUUGAUAGGAAACUUUUGGCUACCAGUUCGGUUUCCGGCCGGGUGCUCUUGGGGUCGAGACCAAGAAUAUACGUCGUCCAACCUAUCCGGUAAUUCCGCUCGUGCCAAUGCUUGGGCUGCAUGUUCUGGAUCACAUAAAAAUCGCAGGAGAUCAAGAUCAUGUAGUAGACAGCACUACGACAAACGACGCCCCUGUUCAUCUUCGAGGCGACAUCAAGAGAACCGGCAAGAAGAACCAGCCUCGAGGUGGAGAGCUUCUCAUCGGUCGCUCUGGCAUGAACGGAUACCUGGUGGAGUGUCUACUCGGCUCUGCUUUGAGGCUCCUGGCCGAUAUUAACGAAGCUCCUCGCCGAGUAGAAAAUAAAGCAGAAGGGACGAUGGACAAGAGGACGAUGGUGCAGCAGAGUAGAUCUACGACUUCUGCUGUUGUAACUACAGGAGAACGGGAAAUCGGAAGCGACGACGGUCUCCCGUCCCCUUGGUCUCUGCAACUCCUAGAGGAUUUCCUGGCGGAGCAAAGUAGGGAGCAGGAGAAGAGCGCUGUUUUUAACGCAAGUCAUGUAUCAUCUUCUUCAACCAGCGAAGCGACACCUCCAAAUUCGUCGGCUGGUUCAUCAUCGUCCAAAAAAUGGACCGAAAUCCGCACGCCGCAGUUCCCGUACGAAAAGCUAGCAGAGAAGUUUCACGCCGCGGUGCUUUUUCCCUACGACGCGGCGAUUUUUCUGUUCCACGAACUCUACCUGCUCUGCGUGCCGAUCCUGCUGCCGGUAGACGUGUGGCGGUACAUGCAGGGACCGCUGACGCACCCAGACAUGGAGUGGCAGGCCGCGGCAAGAUAUGCAAGAAAAAAAUUGUGUAGGUGUAGCUUUGUAAUGCAGAACAUGCAACAGAGUAUACACCUGUCAUGCCAGACAACCAUGAAGUCCUGGGCUCAUGUGUGUUUUCCCUGGCAAGCCACGCAUGACAGGUUUUGUUGUUCUCUGUCACGUACAUGCAAAUUUGUGAUGCUGUCAGCCAAAGAAAGUUAGAGUUACACUAACACAGUUUUUUUCUUCGAUACAAGACUGGUUUUCUUCACUAGAAGUCCAGAACUUGGUGGAGACGAUGAUGAAAUAAACCUCCCUACAACUUCGCCUCACGUCGAAGGCUCCGUGAAAAGCAGUAAAGCAACGCUAGAACAACAUGAACAACAGAAACAAGUACUAGAGGCAGAGGAACAGGAACACGACGAGGCACAAGAGCUACGAUUUUCUCCGUUCCAAUCGAGCAAGAUCGAGCUGCACCGACCGCUGGAAUACGAUCGGGCGAAUAUGAACUGCAAAAGUAUCGUACUCGUAUAAAUGCAUGACAAAUUGUUCCCUCAGCAUGAGAAAAAAAAAUUGCAAUGCGUAUUUACCGUGAGAAAAAAAUUUGUAAUGCAUGAUUGAGUGGGAUACUCUUGCACAGGAUAGCGAAGUAUUGGGAACGUUUUUCGAACUUCUACUUCUUUCCGCACGUCCUGUAUUUCAAGUCCGUGGCCGAAAUCGCACACGAGAUCUUACCGAACCUCUAUAGCCCUCCCGCAAAUCCAGGACCUUAUCAAGGUCGUGGUCGUGGGGAAGUAGAUGACCAGCUGGGGGAACCUGGUCCUGGUAGUGAAGCCGCACAAGAAGUAGAAGAACCCGGACAACGACGUCCCGGCGUCGCUGCGGACUCUUUGCGGCAGAAAAUGGCGGAAUUCAACAAGAAACACGUCCGAGCUGUACGGCAAGUGUGGCGCGCCAUCGUGUUUCAAAGAAUCGUAGGGUCUGCAGCAUGAAUGAUCAUCAUAUAAUUUGGGAACUACAACAAGUUUAUAGAUGCGCCUUGCCGGUGCCAGGCCUACUGCUUUCACCAGCAGAUAUUAUUCGAUCGAUGACAAGACGAGCUUCACACGCGGUGUUGAACAUGCUCUUGCGGUAUUACUGGCUGUUUUUGGGGCACAGAUAAAACGUUUCUACUUGGGCCGCAGGUGCAGUGAAAGGAGCCACGAGCCAAGCAAGAUGAGGACUUAGAAUCAUCGUUAUUGUUUUCUUUGUCCUCUUCUUCUCUAUUUACAAUUCCGCUAGUAGAGUGCAACAUCUCAUUCGUUGCGUUCAGUCGUCGAGAAUGUUGUCUCUCAUCUUCAAGAAAGAAAUGACAAUUUAUUUUGUACGAUUGGAGAAAGUUCUUCGACUUUCAGCAAUGGAGAACCUGAAGGAGCUGCGUCAGUGUGUUUAGAUGAACAUGAACUACGGAAAU